AUGGGGAAGUAUGGGGCCAAGACACCGAAGCGCCACAUUACAUGGUGUAAUUCGAAGCAUGUCAACCUCUUAAACCUCGGACGUCUUUCUGGCUGGAACUACAAGUCUGAGGAGUAUGAGAAGCACCGGACUGCCACCACAAAGGUUGUUGGGGACAAGAAGACUUUUCAGGGUAAGAAGAAAGCAUUGAAGAACAGCCAGCACUAUCCCUAUCGAUUCGGCCUUCGGGUACUACGGAUUCUUCCAAAGCUUCAAGCUGAUGGACCCAGAGUUUUUCCAGCUCCACCAGCUGACUUUGACCCACUACAGUGUUUCAUGAGCCAUGAAUUCACGGACAUGUGGGAGGAUGCCGACAUCCCACAAGCCCUGUGGUACAUUCGAGGCAAUCGUUCUUUGAAUGUGCCAGCAGAGUGGAAACCACACUUCUUUCCCUCGAUGGAUUGCUUUGAUUUUAGCGAAGGGCAAGCCUAA